AUGCCUAACCAAUUCAAAAGUAUGUAUCCCUCUACACGGGUAAUCAUUGAUUGUACAGAGUUAAAGACAGAGAGACCUUCAUCUCUUGUUCUCAGUUCCAAGUGUUAUUCGUCAUACAAAAGCUCUCACACAUGGAAAGGACUUGUUGGGAUUGCUCCACAUGGAGCUCUGACCUUUGUAUCAAGUUUGUACACAGGAAAUAUGUCAGAUGUAGAAAUUACCAAGCUUUCUGGCCUGAUUGAUCUCCUGGAUAGGGGUGAUUCAAUAAUGGCAGACAAAGGAUUUGUUCUGAACAAGGUAUUAGAGGGGACAGGUAUUUCAGUUAACACGCCCCCAUUCCUCCAAAGUCAAGGUCAAUUUUCAAGGCAAGAAGUGGAGCAAACCCAGGUGAUAGCAAAACUAAGGAUACAUAUUGAGAGGCAUAUCCGCAGAGUCAAGGAGUACCACCUUUUUGAUGGUGUCAUUCCCUUAAGUAUGGUAGGAACAAUAAAUCAAUUAUGGACAGUGGCAAACAUGCUAACUUUAUUCAAGGGUCCUCUUGUCAAGGAAUGGAAGUAA